UUGAACAGCAGACACACUCUCUCUCCUGACACCAUGAGCUACUACGGCAGCUACUACGGAGGCCUGGGCUACGGCUAUGGUGGCUUUGGUGGCCUGGGCUAUGGCUGUGGCUACAGAGGCUAUGGGUGCGGCUGCUGGCGUCCAUGCUGCUAUGGAAGGUACUGGUCUUCUGGCUUCUACUGAAUGACUCCGUGACCACCUCCAGCGAGCGCACCUGGACUUCUGGGACGCCGGUGCACCUGGACCCGCGCCCACCACCU